AUCCUAUAAACACACCGAAAAUCCCGAGCUUGUGUGUGCAUCCAGUGGAAAACGUCCUGCGCCCAGUGCGGGAAAAUUUGGACACUACCUCUGCGAUGCGCCAUGGGACCUUAUUAACUCCACAGUGUAUGCAAUGAAACACAUUCUGCCAGAUCCGGAUUUCAUCGUCUGGACAGGAGACAGCACGCCACAUGUCCCGAACGAGGAUCUGGGAGAAGAGAAAGUUCUCUCCAUUAUCAGCAACCUCACCCACAUCCUAAAGCUUGUUUUUCCAAGUACUAAAGUGUACUCAGUGCUGGGGAAUCAUGACUACCAUCCGAAGAGCCAGCUACCCCCAGCCCAGAACAACAUCUAUGAACAGACAGCACAGCUGUGGCAGGGCUGGUUGGAACCAGAGUCUCAAACAACCUUCCGCACAGGUGGAUACUAUACAGAGAACCUGCUGAACCGACCAGGUUACAGGGUUGUAGUCCUCAACACUAACCUAUACCACGACCAGAACAAUGCCACAGAAAAAAUUGACGAUCCAGCCGGCCAGUUCAACUGGGCAGACCAAGUUCUUACAGAAGCUGCCAACAACAAAGAAAAGGUUUACAUCAUUGGCCACGUUCCACCAGGGUUCUUUGAGAAGAAGCGGAAGAAGCCUUGGUUUCGAGCCAACUUCAACAAACGUUACCUAGAGCUGAUCCAGAAGCAUCACUCUCUAAUUAUCGGACAGUUCUUCGGCCAUCAUCACACUGACAGCUUCCGCAUGUUCUACAGCUCGGAAGGUUCCCCCAUCAGUACCAUGUUCCUUACCCCUGGUGUCACUCCCUGGAAGACCACCUUACCUGGGGUUAUAGACGGAGCCAACAACCCUGGGGUCCGCGUCUUUGAAUAUGACACCCAAACUCUUCUAGUCAAAGACAUGGUGACCUACUACCUGAACCUGACCCAUGCCAACGUGGCCCAGGCACGCUGGGAGAAAGAGUACCGCUUCACUGAGAGCUUUCGUGUGCCUGACGCCUCCCCGGCCUCCAUGCACCAGGCCGUAGAGCGCAUGGCCAGCGACCGCUGCUACCUGCAGAAGUACUACGAGUUCAACUCAGUCAACUACGACCUGACAGAAUGCAACAGUGACUGCCGAGUCGACCACGUGUGUGCUGCUAGAGAGGUAGACUUUGAGAGGUACGAGCAUUGUCUGGAGAAAGAGAGGGCAUCAUCGACUGGUGUUGCCAUGUUGCCAGUUCUAUCUGUGGUGAUCAGUAUUGUCUGGGCAAGCUGUUAAUGAUCUCAAUGUGCACCAAAGACAUGGACCCAUUACUACUGGCUGCCGACAAUGAAAGGACUGAACGGCUGCUCCAAUCUAUGGAGUCCUUCUCCCAAAUGUUGCGAUUAAGGACAUUUACCUUGAAUGAUUUAAUCAGAUAGAUGAAUGUAUCCUUUUCUAACAUAAGAUCUUUCAAGAAUGCCUCUUUUUGAAUAUAGCAAUCAGAAUUCACAGAUUGACUGUAUGCGGCAUUUUCCAGUCUGUGCAUCUCAAUUUCAAUCAUGUACCACGCUUGUUAAAGUACGUUAUGCUAUGAAAAUUUUAAAGAAAAUAGUUUAAUAGGAAGAUCCACGACCUUUGAUUUCAAAACUCUUUUUGUGACUUAUUUUAACUCGUGUUAAUUGGUGUAAACUAAAAUUUAUACCACCUGAAAAUCUUUUUGAUACUCUAGAGAGGCCCAUCCUUUGUGGUAGACUGUAGCAAGAAUGAUCAAUGGUUUAAUUUGAAUUUCUUUCUAUAUAGUCCCUAUUUUAAUAAAUCACUUAAUAAUCUUUUGAAGAUCAAGUUGGAUCAUGAAAUUGUCAGCCGGUGAUAGUCAAGCAAAUAACUGUUGUCUCACGGUAACUGACCGUUAAUUAACAUAAAUGGGUUUAUGUCCUGGCUUGCACGCAUAGCCUACAAGCCACUGAUGCAGACCUUUGGAAC